AUGUUUGAAUGCACCCAGUGUGGAAAAUCCUAUCAAAAAAGAACACAUCUAUCUCGACACCAGGAGACGCACGCCUAUCUCUCAUUCAACUGUCAAUUCUGCCAGAAAGCUUUUUCCAAAUCAGAGGUAGCACGACGACAUAGCCAAUCAUGUGCGAGAAAGCAUAACCAGCCGCUGCCUGCUGCCAGUAAACCUGGUCGGAAACGACAGUCGUGCGAUGGCUGUUUUCUGGCAAAGGCAGCUUGUGAUCGAAAGCAGCCAUGCUCGAGAUGCCAGUCUAUGCGGCGAGGGUGUACUUUUGCAAGUCAAGGGGAGAGCGUAACAGUACUCGCUUCGACGACAACGACGCGAUCAUCGUCCCUGUACUUUCCAGGCAACGAAGAACCCUUUGCCUUUCUGCGCUAUUUCACAGACCCCUCGGUACAGAUGGAUAGACUGGCGAUUGGAAAGACAGCCGAAUUUUCAGUCCAGAGAAACCUGGAAAUGCUCUAUUCGCAUCUCGAACACGCGCUCAUGCCUGUCAACUUUCCGGCCGUCCCAUUCAUGGGUGAAGGCUUGUCUGGUGGACUGUUCGAUGAAGCAGAAUCAUUCUCUCCUAAUCUUCUGAAGCAAUUGAACGAGGUCUUGAACGAACUGGUCCAAGUGUCCAAAUCAAUGGCCUCGAAAGAGAAACCCCUCGACAUGCUGGACCUCACCUCGCUCUUCACAGCCCCGAGCCUGUUCAUCUUCAUCUCUGUCUUCUUCCACUCCCUCCACUGGCAUCUCCCCGUCGUGCAUUUUCCCACCUUUGAUCCGGGCAAUAUCUCCAACAUUCUCCUCCUAGCCAUCUGCCUGACGGGUGCAUCCUACACCACACUGCCGCAUGGAACACGAAUCCCACCCAGUCUGCUCGAUGUGGCCGAAGAGCUUAUUUUCCGGGAACUCGCCAGCCUGUCUACAAUCUCAUUGAAAGACCCAACGCAGUCACUUCCAAUCGUUCAGGUCAUACAGAGUGCGCUUAUUAUUGAAAUGCUUCAAUUCGGCCAGGACCGGAAAGACACGCGACGCCGGAUUCGAAUCUUCCGCCAUCCAUGCCUGGUCUCUGUGAUGCGCUCGUUUGGCUUUUUCCAGUUACGACGACGAAUGGCAGUCCGGGUUUGUGAUGACCAUACGUGGAGGGAAAUGGUGGCGGAGGAAGUGUGCAUACGACUCGCCUGCUGGGUCUUCCUAGCCGAUGGAUUCCUGACGGUUUGCUUCAAAAACCAUCCCUCGUUGUCGAGCUUUGAGAUGAAUUGCGACUUUUCGUGGCCUACUGCUUUGUGGGAAGCUGAUAGCGCUGCUUCUUUUAAUAAUAUUGUUGCUGCAGAUACAGCACUCUCGCCAUCGCAUUCAUUCCCAGACGCUUUGGGGCAAUUACUUUCCAAUUCCAUCAGUGAUUCGAUACAACUGUCUGUAGAGCAUUUACUAAUGCUCAUCUACGCAAUAAACAUCCUCGCCUUCCAAGCUCGCGCAGGCCUCCUCGCAUACCUCCCACUGAAGAGCAUUUCCAACGCCGCCCAAAACUGGAAGAAAAUCUGGGACGGCACUGCUUCUUCACUAGGCACAGAGCGAUCCCUCCUUCUGGGUUACCCACAGCACGCGGAGGAGCUUUGGCGACUGGUUUCUGCGACGCUGGAUAUGGCUACGAGGGAUGAGGGGAGGAUUUGUUAUUUGGAUGGUGGGGCGACGGAUGAUUUGGAUGAUUUGCAUGGUUUUAUUCAGUAUUGUGCGAGUCGCUAG